CACACGAUUACGAUUCGUCUCAACUCACCGGUAUCAUAAACCUCCUGAAAUUAUAUUUCGUAAAAAUGUCUCUUUCCUGAAUAAGGCAGGCGAAAUGGAAGAUACAGACGGAAUGUCAAGUAACUCUGCCUCAGAAACAGAGAAUUUAAGCAACGAUGCUCCAGCAGGUAAAGAAAAUUCGAGCAGACACAGGUCUCAUAGUAGUAGUCGACACAAGAAGCACAAGCAUAAAAGUAAAAAGAGCCACCACAAGCAUAAGCAUCACAAGGAUAAAGAUGGACACCGUCGGCAUAAGCACAAGCACAAGAAGCACAAGAGCAGGAAGGAGGAAGAGGAACAACCUCCGGCUGCUGUCCCUUUUGCAGUUGAUGAAUCCGAGUCAGAUAUUGAAUUAGAAGAUACCAUUCCUUUGCCUAAAUUUGAGCCAAAAAUUCCCCAGCAGCAAACCAGUCGGCGGGAAGGCCGCAGGAAGGAGAGGGAGUACAUUGAUGAAUCCCUUGCUGCUCUAGAGAAGCAGAAGGAGCUUCUGCAAGCUCAGCUGCUGGCUACAGCUGACGAUGAACACUCUGGAAUGAACUUGAUUGCUCAGGGUUACCAGUCCGAUGAAGAAGAAGAUGAAGACACUGUUCUGAAACAGUCCCUCUCAAAGUGGAUCCAUUCAGGGAGUUCCAAGGAAUCCUCCAAACCAUCCUCAAAAUCAGAAUCUAAAGACAAUGAGCGAUCAGACCGGAGGAAGCGGGAAAGGGAAGAUGAGAGCUCUCAAAAGAAACGACACCGCAGUAAGUCGCCAACCACUGAGCGUUCUUCUAGCAGCAGGGUUGAUAACAGCAAUUCUAAAUCCUCUGAAAGCAGGACUAGUAGAGACAGUCAUUUAUCGAGUGAUAAGAAACAUUCCAAGGACAAAGACAACAGAAGAGAAUCUAGAAAAUCACCAAGUGCCACUAAAUCUGAGCAGAGGGAGCCUAAAGAUGGUAAGGAGUCGAAAGACCGAAGGAAAGCAUCAGUACGUGACACUAGGGGGUCGCCCAAGCGAGAGCACAGAUCAGGAGAGAAAGCUAAAAGGGAGAGUAGCAGGGACUCUAAACCCCACAGGAGCAGGUCUCCAAUAAAAGAGAGGACAUUUACUGAAACUGCAAGGAGUAGACCAAGUCCACCCCGUCGAUCCCCUCCCCCUCGUCGGCCUCCUUCCCCUCCAAGCCGCCGUCCAGACCGAAGUAGAUCCCCCCUUGGUCGAAGGGGGCGGAGUCCCAUCGAGAGGCGGGGCAGGAGCCCCUUGGAGAGGCGAGUAAGAGGCAGCAGGUCGCCAGUCAAUAGGUUUGAUAGAAGGAGGGGGAUAUCCCCGCCAAGGCGGUUUGGAGACAUGUCACGCAAUAGAAGAAGACGAAGUAGGAGUCCUGAUAGACGAGGAAGAAGAAGGUGGGGAAGGAGCAGGAGUAGGUCACCUAGAGAUAAAUUCAAAGGCAGUCUGUCAGAGGGACUGUCAUUGAAACAGGAGUCAUCUGAUGAUGAAAUCCCUGAUGUUGACUUAGAUGAAGAGGAAGAUGAAGAAGCAGUUAUUGAGAGAAGAAGAAGAGAGAGGCAGCAACUAAUGCAGAAAUACAAAGUUGCUGAGGCAGCAGAGAGUGCAGCAUCAAGCCCCGCUCAGGUGCCUUCCGAGCCCACAUCCAACCCACAGUCACCCCAGCCCAGUGAGCAAGAAGAUAGCAGUGAACAGAGCCAGGAUUCAGAGGAUGAUGAAGACGAAGAAGAGGAAGAAGAGGAGGAGGAGGAAGUGGAGAAGGAGGAGGAGAGUGAAAAGAGCAGUUCAUCAGAUUCGGACAAUGACAGCAGUGAAGAAGAAAGCAGGGCCAGCAGUGAUGACGAGGAAGAGGAUGAUAGAGAUACAGCAAGGAUAGAUGAAGAGGAAAGACUCCGGGAAGAGGAGGAGGAGGCGGAGAGAGAGAGGAGGAGGGAGUUGGAGAGGAAGAGAUUAAAGGAGGCGUUUCCUCAGAGUGAUAGUGAGGAUGAGGAUUCAACCACUAAAGAUGUUGAAGGGAGUAUGGACAAGAACUUGAGCGAUAUUGUCAAACCCAAAUCAGAUAAAGAGCAAGCAACAGCUAAAAAUGGACUGGACAUGUUUAGUGAGGUGGAUAUGUUCAAGAUGAGUCCAUCCACUCGUGAGGGCAUUGGACAGAUGGGACCUGAGAACCCAAGUCUCACUGAUAAUUGGGAUGAUGCUGAAGGAUAUUAUCGGGUGCGUAUUGGAGAGAGCCUUGACAAGCGCUAUACAGUGUAUGGCUACACUGGUCAGGGUGUGUUCAGUAAUGUGGUCAGAGCAAGGGACACAGCCAGAGGUCAGCUGGACGUGGCCAUCAAGAUCAUCCGUAACAAUGAACUCAUGCAAAAGACUGGCCUGAAAGAACUAGAGUAUCUCAGGCGACUCAAUGACCAGGACAGGGAAGAUAAGUUUCAUUGCGUUCGUCUCUUCAGAUCUUUCAGUUACAGGCAGCAUCUUUGUCUUGUCUUUGAACCACUAAGUAUGAACCUUCGAGAGGUGUUGAAGCGAUAUGGCAAGGAUGUAGGGUUACACAUCAAGGCAGUAAGGUCGUACACUCAGCAGCUGUUCCUAGCCCUCAAACUGCUCAAAAGAUGCAACAUCCUGCAUGCUGAUAUCAAACCGGAUAAUAUUCUGGUGAAUGAAUCAAAGACAAUCCUAAAACUCUGUGAUUUUGGUUCAGCCUCACAUGUAGCUGAUUGUGACAUCACUCCAUAUCUUGUCAGCAGAUUCUAUCGUGCUCCUGAAAUAAUCAUUGGUAUGAGCUACGAUGCAGCCAUAGAUCUCUGGAGCACAGCCUGCACCAUCUUUGAACUAGCCGCCGGUAAGAUCAUGUUCCCUGGCAAGACCAACAAUCACAUGCUGAAACUCUUCAUGGACCUCAAGGGCAAGAUGCCCCAUCGGAUAAUCCGCAAGGGCAUGCUGCGGGACAAGCACUUCGACUCCAACUGCAACUUCAAGUAUGUGGAAGUGGACAAGGUCACAGAGAGGGAGAAAGUGACUGUGAUGACCGUCAUCAACCCGACCAAAGACCUGACCACGGAGCUGCUGGGUUACCAACGUUUACCAGAUGACCAACAACGCAAGGUUCUGCAACUCAAGGAUGUGUUAGACCGGUGUCUCAUGUUAGAUCCUUCAAAGCGGAUCUCCAUCAGCGAAGUGCUACGACAUUCUUUCAUCCAGGAGAAGAUCUAAACGGGGGCAAGGGUAUCCCCUUCUGGGGUCCCCUCCCAGCCUUGCCCUGAAUGACGCACUCCAUGUGGUGCUAGACGAGCGGUAGUAGUACUCUUGAGAUGUCAUUAGCCAUCAGGUUUCCACAUGGCAACCUCUCUUUAUUGUACUUUACGUUGACUGCAGAAUGUUCUUGCUUCAACUCAGGUUCUGUAAUAGAGCUAUGUUCCGUAUCAUAGCUUAUUUUUUACAUUUAUUAAUCAUUUUAAAGAUGACCAUCUGAAUUUUAGAAGAUUUUGCUUUGUAUAUUUGUGGAUGUGCAUAGAGUGCAUAAGCUAUUUUUCUGCAGGUGUUAAUGGGUAAAUCUUCAUAUGGGGUACUCUCUCUUCAGAGUGCUGUGUGAGUUCAUGUCGUACUUUUUAUAUUAUAUUGCACGAUUUAUUUUGUAUUCAAUUGUGGUUCCUGAGAGCGUGAUUGGACAGGCAGCUUUUGAAGAAGAGAAGGUAAGAGGUCAUUAAUUGAGGUAAGUUUUUAGAAGUUUGAGAAAUCAGUGAAACUUUUUUUUCAAGAGGUGGGGGACCUGCUACCCCAACUUCUCAGGCCAACAAGAUUUGAGCUUUUUCAUUAAUAUUUACCCCAUUUAUAAAUUAUUUGAUUCCAACGAGUAUUACAUAACUGAAAUAAUCAAGUGAAAGUAUUUUCCAUUUUCUUCUUAUUUGUUGAUACUUUCUUUUCAUACUAAUUGGAAUAGAUCAUAGAUAUCUUGCUCAUUAUUUCAAUCAUUUCUCAAGAGCUACCAUAGAGACUUCUCAUUGUACACAUCAGUUUGUAAGAAAUUGCUUUUUUUAAGAAAUAGGUUCAGCUGAUUUGUUUUCUUGUGUUCUUCUUCCAGAACUGUUCGGCUGCCGAGGGCACACCGGGUUGUACAACACAGAACUAUUAAAAUCAUGUGUGAGCACAAAAAAGUCAUUUGUGUAGUAAUAUCAUUUUCAUGUGUAGACAUGUUGAUAUCCGAUCUAGAAACCAUUGCAUAGUAUAUAUCUAGUCAGCACCCUCACCACCAACAACAUACAAAUAAUGCAAAGGAAUGAGAAAUAUGUGGGUUUUUUUUUUGCAAACUCUAUUCUAAAUGGAGACAUACCAAAACAGGCCUCUUUCCACAAAAAAAGAGAGGUUAUGUGAAAUAAUUAAAAUGAAUGUUGGAUAUUUGUCUCUGUGGAGUGUAUGCCUCCAUCAUUGAAAUAUUUUGUUCCAUAUUUUCCAUGAAAAAAAUGUUUGCUCUUGUCAGAGAUCGUACACACUCACAAAAUCACAUUGCUUGAGAUUCAACUGUAGUUAUCCAGCUCUUAAUGAGCAAAGAUAUUCUUUGUUUAAAUGUCCUUUUUUUCAUCGUGAAAAUCGUUCAUCUUAAAUUUGAUUUUGGCUGUGAAUAAGAUGUCCAUUGGGGAAUACUUUGGUGUUGAGUCUUGACCUUUACAUUCUAAUGUUUGGUGCAAGGGUAGAAUUAGCAUAGAUCUAUUUAAAAAUUUGUAAAUUUUGUGAUGAAGAAUGAAACGUCACGUUAAAAAAAUUGUAAUUUGCCUUUACAGCUAUAUUUUGUAAUUUCCCAAGUGGUUUUCUAUUAGAUCGAUGAAACAAUGAAAUAAUUAUUUUAAUUAUCACAGGGAAACAAAUUACGAAAUAUUUAUGAAUUCAAGAUUUUUAAGGUUUUUUGUAAUUCUCAAUGUUAUUGCAAAUGUAUGCUAAAGAUGUGCUUGAUACUUCUCCUUUAAUAUUAAAAGUUUACCAAAAUCUCUUGAAAUCAUAAACAGUUGCAAAAAAGAAAUUAAAUUCAAAACAAACCCAAAACAGAAAAAUGAGAGGAAUUGGGAAUUGAUUUGGAUAUUUGUUUUUGCUGAUUCAUCAUUGCUACUGUUGGAGAAUGAGAACUUAUCAAUGCUUACGAUUAUGGAACGGUCCCCUGAUUAUCACAAUUCAUAGAGCAAAAAGUGAAUAUCAAGCGCAUUUUUUAGCAUUUUUUUUUCUCUCUGAGCUAUGGAAUACAUAAAGUUGACUUGUUUUUGCCUGAUUUCUUUCCCCCUCACCAUAGCGCUGGUUCAACUGGGGAGUGCUCAGCUCAAGCAGAGUUUGUUUAUAAAGUGCAUUGUCAGUAGCAGAACUGUGCAGGGUAAAGUACAUGUGUGAAUGGAGUGUGUUAAUUUCAAUGAUUAUGUACUAUGAUAUGCAUGUAAAUAUUACUGAAGGGGGAAAUCCCAACACGGGAAAGGGGGAAAGCCCCCAGUGGGAAAUUCCUAGAGGGAAAUCACAAAUGUGUCUAUACAGGCUGGCAUUGCAGGGAUAGAUACCCCGGUAUAUUAUCAUUUUAUGACUUGAGUCUAAUUAUGAUUUAAAGUUUGAUAAAAUUGCACAUUUAAUAUUCUGAUAGCAAAUUUGACUUAAAAACUGAAUCUGGCAGAUCAAAUCUGAAAUAAUUACCAUUUUGAAUGUCAGGUUGCUAUAUUGAAUAAGAACAGUUUAAAUGAUAAUCAGCUCUCCUCUUCAUCACCAUAUGCCUGUAUUUAAAGCUUAGAUCAUUUUAAAGUGUGUGAAAUGUUGGUAUUUAAUUCUGAUGUUAAACAUGCACCCCUGUCUUUUUCCUCGGCUGUCAGUUUAUUCAAACCAAACUUAUUUUGUCUUGUGCGUUGUAUAGGAUAUAUUCACUACAGUUUGCUUUAGGAACUGAAUUGACUGGUUUUAUGCUUGUAUAAGUCAAUAUCAAGACUGUUUUCCUAUGUUUAAAGUACAAAAGAUUGGUGAUAUUGUCGUAUGUCAUACAUGUACAAGUAUGUAUGACAAGAAUGAAUGAUUCUUAAUGUUGGGGUCAGAUAAUUUGUUACACAUUACUAUGAUGUUUUCUUUUUCUGUUUUGAUAUUUUUUUGUAUAUAGUCUUGAAAAAGAGCACAAUCAAUAUCUAUCAUUGAUUUUUUUAAUGGUAUCUGUAGAAGCAAAUAGAUGAUAUUCUGUUAAAAUGGAUUUCAUUUGAACUUUGAUCUUGUAAGAGAGGACGGAUCAUGUAAAGUUUCUGAAAAGAUCAAGAAUAUGUGAAAAAAAUGUUACGAAAUACAACUUAGAUGGAAAAC